AUGGACACUAGCAACGUGCGCUAUCACUGCCCAUGCGCAGACUCUCCUGCAGAUCAACUUGGCAUUCUGCCAAAGUUUGCCAAGAAGUCUGCGACGGACGCAGAAGCUGUCGAUCCACACAGUACAGAUCAGGAAAAGUCGGACACUGAGGACGACAAGCCUGUGGAUAUAUCAUUGCUCGAUUCGCGUCUACCGUUUGCGCUGCACUCACUACAUGAUCUCUACUUUUGCGAAGACUGCGGUUGCGCUAGAUGCCCUCGCUGCGUGAUGGAAGAAGUCUCUGUACUCUUUUGUCCAAAUUGCCUCUUCGAAGUGCCUGCCAAGUCAAGUGUCACGGCCGUGUCUGCACCAGAGGCAGUCUGUGGACGCAGUUGUUUCCGCUGUCCGCUUUGUUUUAGUGCUCUGCAAGCGGGAGAGUCUCCCGGCUCCAGUGAUGCGACAGCUGAUCGUCUGUUCCAUCUCGAAUGCCCGUACUGCGCCUGGUCGAGCCUCUCAACGCGACUUACUUUCACCAAGGCCAAUGGAAUGUUCAAGCAGAUGAAAGAACAGCACACCAGUCCCCGAGAAUCAGCAUUCAGAUCUGCCAAGAUUGCUGCGCAAGCCAGACGAGACGCCUUUUUGGACGAUGAACCUGAUGCAUCUCUGAGCAGCCAAUUGAAGCGAGUCUCGUUGUCCGACACAUUCACGCGCGAUGAACAAGCCUUGUCAAAAUCAUUCAUCGUACCGGUCUUGCGUCCUGAUGAAGUGGAUGAGAGUUUUGCAAGGGACUUGCUGAACGCAACAGACUUGGACGAUGUCCCAAGCAUUAUGCAAAGCUCAAUGCAAACAGCUGGGCCGAUGCACAGCAUUGGCCAGUUGAUGCCACUUCCUACUCCAUUGCGAACACGUCGGGCUAAGCGAUGUCGAGCAUGUCGGCACAUCUUGUGCAAGUUUGAGACAAGGCAGCCGGUCAUGCAAGCAGUCAAGUUUCGCAUCAGACUAGCGGCAAGCAACUAUCUGCCAACGCUGACCUUCUCAAAAGUCACCGCCGCUGCAACCUCCAAUUUGACAGCCACAGAGCAAAGCCCGCCAAGCGAAGUCUAUUUGCUUAAAAUCGCCAAUCCGCUCUACGAGUCGAUCAAGGUCACGCUGUCGGCGCCUCGCGUCACGGAGUUUGGGCAUGAAGUGACCGUGCUAGCCCCGGAAGUCAUUAUCGGCGGCUUCACAGACGUAUGGGAGACUCAGCCAUCGACAACAUCGGGUUCAAUGGAAGAAACAAAGCCAGGCAAAGGCAGUCAAGCUGUGUUGGGCAGACUACACUCAUCAGGGAGUAAUUGGACCAAUAUUGAGAUCCACAUGGCCAGGUCUGGCGUGGCUCAGACCUCUGCAGAAUCUGACACCCAUGCGCUUAUUCCGCUGUUUGUGAGCAUGGAGUAUGAGAUAGAGGCUGAGCUCGACAAUUCACUGUCAACACGUACGGCAAGCAUGAGCGACGGCAAGACCACCAAAAAGGUAGGAUUCUGGACAGUACUGACUGCUAAAUGA